AUGUCAAAAAGACAGAUCGAAAACCAGGAGAAAAUCAGGGGAUUCAUGCUCAGCAAAAAGCUCUGGACCGAAAGUCUGACAGGAGAGCUGCCUCGUUUUUAUGAGAAAUUCGGUGAUAUGCUGAUAUUCACAGAUCCUACUUUCCAAAAUGGGAAGUGGCACGAAGCAGGGGACGAACUUUGGAAAUUAGUCUGUUCUUUGUACAACGGAAAGAGAAUUGGACUGAAAUCUAGGAUAAAAAAUGACGAUUUUCGUACGCCACAGGCCAGGCUUGUCUUUGGCGACUCACCUCAUACUGACUUCAAAGAUAAUAAAAUAAGGUAUACAUGGAACAUAGAGAAGAAUAUGUUUUGUGCAGGGAACAUAACUGAAAGGCACAGGAUUGCAUCUUUGAAUUGCAAAGGUGAAGUGGUCGUUGAUCUCUUUGCAGGCAUCGGCUACUUCACGCUUCCUUAUUUGGUUCAUGCGAAUGCCAAGUUCGUCCAUGCUUGCGAAUGGAAUCCAGAUGCAGUUGAAGCUCUCAAGAAGAAUUUAAUUUUGAAUAAAGUAUCGGAGAAGUGUGCGGUCCAUUUUGGUGAUAAUAGAGAAGUCUGUCCGAAAGGUGUGGCCGACCGGGUUAACCUCGGGCUUAUCCCGAGUUCGCGGUGUUCAUGGGAGACGGCUUGUGACGCGCUUCUGCCAUCAGGAGGCAUUCUUUACAUUCACGAGAACGUCACUUCGAACUUAAACAUAAAAAAUGACUGCCACAUGGCGAUUACAAGGUUUCAACCCUUGACAAAGCAUUCAAGGUGA